AUGGUGAAGCUCUCUAUUGUCCUGACCCCACAGUUCCUGUCCCAUGACCAGGGCCAGCUCACCAAGGAGCUGCAGCAGCACGUAAAGUCAGUGACACGCCCAUGCGAGUACCUGAGGAAGGUUAUCAAUACUCUGGCUGUCUAUCGUCAUCGUGAGACUGACUUUGGUGGAGGAGUUCGAGACCAGCCUGGCCAACAUGGCAAAACCCCAUCUCCACAAAAAUUGGAUAAUUUGAUAAUUAUCAUUAUUGGGUUUCUGAGACGUUACACAUUUGCCAUUCUCUUCUGCACAAGUUACCUUUGGGGGUCUUUCCUGAAGACUAUCUUCCGGUCUCGAAAUGGACAUGAUGGAUCCACGGAUGUACAGCAGAGAGCCUGGAGGUCCAACCGCAGUAGACAGGAAGGGCUGAGGUCCAUUUGUAUGCACACAAAGAAAAGAGUUUCUUCCUUUCCAGGAAUUAAAAUUGGCCUGGAAGACAUCUGUACUUUAUGGAAACAGGUGGAAACAAAAGUUCAAGCUAAAAUCCAUAAGAUGAAGGUCAUAAAGAAAGUCAACCAUCAUUACAAAUUCAAUGGAAAGAGGAAGACCGCCAAAAAACAGAAAAUGUUUCAACGUGCGCAAGAGUUGCGGCGGCGGGCAGAGGACUACCACAAACGCAAAAUCCCCCCUUCUGCAAGAAAGCCUCUUUGCAACUGGGUCAGAAUGGCGGCAGCGGAGCAUCGUCAUUCUUCAGGAUUGCCCCACUGGCCCUACCUCACAGCUGAAACUUUAAAAAACAGGAUGGGCCACCAGCCACCUCCUCCAACUCAACAACAUUCUAUAACUGAUAACUCCCUGAGCCUCAAGACACGUGCCGAGUGUCUGGUCUAUCCCCUUCCACCCUCAGCGGAUGAUAAUCUCGAAACGCCUCUCGAGUGUCUCCUCACUCCUCUUCCACCCUCACGUCCAUCCUCAGCUCCACCCUCAGCGGAUGAUGAGACACCUGCCGAGUUUGUGGUCUAUCCCCUUCCACCCUCAGCGGAUGAUAAUCUCGAAACGCCUCUCGAGUGUCUCCUCACUCCUCUUCCACCCUCACCUCCAUCCUCAGCUCCACCCUCAGCGGAUGAUAAGACACCUGCCGAGUUUCUGGUGUAUCCCCUUCCACCCUCAGCGGAUGAUAAUCUCGAAACGCCUCUCGAGUGUCUCCUCCCUCCUCUUCCACCCUCACGUCUAUCCUCAGCUCCACCCUCAGCGGAUGAUAAGACACCUGCCGAGUUUGUGGUCUAUCCCCUUCCACCCUCAGCGGAUGAUAAUCUCGAAACGCCUCUCGAGUGUCUCCUCACUCCUCUUCCACCCUCACCUCCAUCCUUAGCUCCACCCUCAGCGGAUGAUGAGACACCUGCCGAGUUUGUGGUCUAUUUCCUUCCACACUCAGCGGAUGAUGAUCUCGAAAUGCCUCUCGAGUGUCUCCUCACUCCUCUUCCACCCUCACCUCCAUCCUCAGCUCCACCCUCAGCGGAUGAUAAGACACCUGCCGAGUUUCUGGUGUAUCCCCUUCCACCCUCAGCGGAUGAUAAUCUCGAAACGCCUCUCGAGUGUCUCCUCACUCCUCUUCCACCCUCACCUCCAUCCUUAGCUCCACCCUCAGCGGAUGAUGAGACACCUGCCGAGUUUGUGGUCUAUUUCCUUCCACACUCAGCGGAUGAUGAUCUCAAAAUGCCUCUCGAGUGUCUCCUCACUCCUCUUCCACCCUCACCUCCAUCCUCAGCUCCACCCUCAGCGGAUGAUAAGACACCUGCCGAGUUUCUGGUGUAUCCCCUUCCACCCUCAGCAGAUGAUAAUCUCGAAACGCCUCUCGAGUGUCUCCUCACUCCUCUUCCACCCUCACGUCUAUCCUCAGCUCCACCCUCAGCGGAUGAUAAGACACCUGCCGAGUUUCUGGUGUAUCCCCUUCCACCCUCAGCAGAUGAUAAUCUCGAAACGCCUCUCGAGUGUCUCCUCACUCCUCUUCCACCCUCACGUCUAUCCUCAGCUCCACCCUCAGCAGAUGAUAAGACACCUGCCGAGUUUGUGGUCUAUCCCCUUCCACCCUCAGCGGAUGAUAAUCUCGAAAUGCCUCUCGAGUGUCUCCUCACUCCUCUUCCACCCUCACCUCCAUCCUCAGCUCCACCCUCAGCGGAUGAUAAGACACCUGCCGAGUUUCUGGUCUAUCCCCUUCCACCCUCAGCGGAUGAUAAUCUCGAAACGCCUCUCGAGUGUCUCCUCACUCCUCUUCCACCCUCACCUCCACCCUCAGCUCCACCCUCAGCGGAUGAUAAUCUCAAGACACCUCCCUUAGCUACUCAGGAGGCUGAGGCAGAAAAACCACCCAAACCCGAGAGACAGAGGGCCGCUGACGUGGAACCACCACCGAAACCCGAGAGGCGGAGGGCCGCUGACGUGCAACCAUCACGGAAACCCGAGAGGCGGAGGGCCGCUGACGUGCAACCAUCACGGAAACCCGAGAGGCGGAGGACCACUGACGUGCAACCAUCACGGAAACCCGAGAGGCGGAGGGCCGCAGUGGAUAAGACACCUGCCGAGUUUCUGGUCUAUCCACUUCCACCCUCAGCGGAUGAUAAUCUCGAAACGCCUCUCGAGUGUCUCCUCGCUCCUCUUCCACCCUCACGUCUAUCCCCAGCUCCACCCUCAGCGGAUGAUAAGACACCUGCCGAGUUUCUGGUCUAUCCCCUUCCACCCUCAGCGGAUGAUAAUCUCGAAACGCCUCUCGAGUGUCUCCUCACUCCUCUUCCACCCUCACCUCCACCCUCAGCUCCACCCUCAGCGGAUGAUAAUCUCAAGACACCUCCCUUAGCUACUCAGGAGGCUGAGGCAGAAAAACCACCCAAACCCGAGAGACAGAGGGCCGCUGACGUGGAACCACCACCGAAACCCGAGAGGCGGAGGGCCGCUGACGUGCAACCAUCACGGAAACCCGAGAGGCGGAGGGCCGCUGACGUGCAACCAUCAUGGAAACCCGAGAGGCGGAGGACCACUGACGUGCAACCAUCACGGAAACCCGAGAGGCGGAGGGCCGCAGUGGAUAAGACACCUGCCGAGUUUCUGGUCUAUCCACUUCCACCCUCAGCGGAUGAUAAUCUCGAAACGCCUCUCGAGUGUCUCCUCGCUCCUCUUCCACCCUCACGUCUAUCCCCAGCUCCACCCUCAGCGGAUGAUAAGACACCUGCCGAGUUUCUGGUCUAUCCCCUUCCACCCUCAGCGGAUGAUAAUCUCGAAACGCCUCUCGAGUGUCUCCUCACUCCUCUUCCACCCUCACCUCCACCCUCAGCUCCACCCUCAGCGGAUGAUAAUCUCAAGACACCUCCCUUAGCUACUCAGGAGGCUGAGGCAGAAAAACCACCCAAACCCGAGAGACAGAGGGCCGCUGACGUGGAACCACCACCGAAACCCGAGAGGCGGAGGGCCGCUGACGUGCAACCAUCACGGAAACCCGAGAGGCGGAGGGCCGCUGACGUGCAACCAUCAUGGAAACCCGAGAGGCGGAGGACCACUGACGUGCAACCAUCACGGAAACCCGAGAGGCGGAGGGCCGCAGUGGAUAAGACACCUGCCGAGUUUCUGGUCUAUCCCCUUCCACCCUCAGCGGAUGAUAAUCUCGAAACGCCUCUCGAGUGUCUCCUCACUCCUCUUCCACCCUCACCUCCAUCCUCAGCUCCACCCUCAGCGGAUGAUAAUCUCAAGACACCUCCCUUAGCUACUCAGGAGGCUGAGGCAGGAAAACCACCCAAACCCGAGAGAGAGAGGGCCGCUGACGUGGAACCACCACCGAAACCCGAGAGGCGGAGGGCCGCUGACGUGCAACCAGCACUGAAACCCGAGAGGCGGAGGGCCGCUGACGUGCAACCAUCACGGAAACCCGAGAGGCGGAGGGCCGCAGUGGAUAAGACACCUGCCGAGUUUCUGGUCUAUCCUCUUCCACCCUCAGCGGAUGAUAAUCUCAAAAUGCCUCUCGAGUGUCUCCUUACUCCUCUUCCACCCUCACCUCCAUCCUCAGCUCCACCCUCAGCGGAUGAUAAUCUCAAGACACCUCCCUUAGCUACUCAGGAGGCUGAGGCAGAAAAACCACCGAAACCCGAGAGGCGGAGGGCCACUGACGUGGAACCACCACUGAAACCCGAGACGCGAAGCGCCGCUGACGCGCAGCCAUCACGGAAACCCGAGAGGCGGAGGGCCGCUGACCUGGAAUCACCACCGAAACCCGAGAGGCGGAGCGCCGCUGACGCGCAGCCGUCGCUGAAACCCGAGAGGCGGAGCGCCGCUGACGUGCAGCCGUCGCCGAAACCUGAGAGGCGGAGGGCCGCUGACCUGGAAUCACCACCGAAACCCGAGAGGCGGAGGGCCGCUGACCUGGAAUCACCACCGAAACCGGAGAGGCGGAGGGCCGCUGACACGCAACCAUCACCGAAACCCGAGAGGCGGAGGGCCGCUGACCUGGAAUCACCACCGAAACCCGAGAGGCGGAGCGCCGCUGACCUGGAAUCACCACCGAAACCCGAGAGGCGGAGGGCCGCUGACGUGCAACCAUCACUGAAACCCGAGAGGCAGAGCGCCGCUGACGCGCAGCCGUCGCCGAAACCUGAGAGGCGGAGGGCCACUGACCUGGAAUCACCACCGAAACUCGAGAGGCGGAGCGCCGCUGACGCGCAACCAUCACCGAAACCCGAGAGGCGGAGCGCCGCUGAUGCGCAGCCGUCGCCGAAACCUGAGAGGCGGAGGGCCGCUGACCUGGAAUCACCACCAAAACCCGAGAGGCGGAGGGCCGCUGACCUGGAAUCACCACCGAAACCCGAGAGGCGGAGGGCCGCUGACGCGCAACCAUCACCGAAACCUGAGAGGCGGAGGGCCGCUGACGCGCAACCAUCACCGAAACCCGAGAGGCGGAGCGCCGCUGACGCGCAGCCAUCACCGAAACCUGAGAGGCGGAGGGCCGCUGACGCGCAGCCAUCACCGAAACCCGAGAGGCGGAGCGCCGCUGACGCGCAGCCAUCACCGAAACCCGAGAGGCGGAGCGCCGCUGACGCGGAACCAUCAUCACCCGAACCCAAGAGGCGGAGGGUCGCUGACGAACCGCCAUGCAAACCCCCACGCAAACCCAAGAGGCGGAGGGCCGCUGACAGGGAACGGCCACGCAAACCCCCACGCAAACCCAAGAGGUGGAGCGCCGCUGAGGCGCAGCCGUCGCCGAAACCUGAGAGGCGGAGCGCCACUGACGCGGAACCUCCACGCAAGCCCAAGAGGCGGAGGGCCGCUGACCGGAAACCAUCAUCACCCGAACCCAAGAGGCGGAGGGUCGCUGACGUGGAACCGCCACACAAACCCAAGAGGCGCAGGGUCGCUGACGUGAGACGGCCACGCAAACCCCCACGCAAACCCAAGAGGUGGAGCGCCGCUAAGGCGCAGCCGUCGCCGAAACCCGAGGGGCGGAGCGCCGCUGACGCGCAGCCGUCGCCGAAACCCGAGGGGCGGAGCGCCGCUGACGCGCAGCCGUCGCCGAAACCCGAGGGGCGGAGCGCCGCUGACGCGCAGCCGUCGCCGAAACCCGAGGGGCGGAGCGCCGCUGACGCGCAGCCGUCGCCGAAACCCGAGGGGCGGAGCGCCGCUGACGCGCAGCCGUCGCCGAAACCCGAGGGGCGGAGCGCCGCUGACGCGCAGCCGUCGCCGAAACCCGAGGGGCGGAGCGCCGCUGACGCGCAGCCGUCGCCGAAACCCGAGGGGCGGAGCGCCGCUGACGCGCAGCCGUCGCCGAAACCCGAGGGGCGGAGCGCCGCUGACGCGCAGCCGUCGCCGAAACCCGAGGGGCGGAGCGCCGCUGACGCGCAGCCGUCGCCGAAACCCGAGAGGCGGAGCGCCGCUGACGCGCAGCCGUCAUUGAAACCCGAGAGGCGGAGCGCCGCUGACGCGCAGGCGUCGCCAAAACCCGAGAGGCGGAGCGCCGCUGACCUGGAAUCACCACCGCAACCCGAGAGGCGGAGCACCGCUGACGCGCAAGCAUCACCGAAAUCCGAGAGGCGGAGCGCCGCUGAGGCGCAGCCGUCGCCGAAACCCGAGAGGCGGAGCGCCGCUGACACGCAGCCAUCACUGGAACCUGAGAGGCGGAGCGUCGCUGACCUGGAAUCACCACCGAAACCCGAGAGGCGGAGCGCCGCUGACCUGGAAUCACCACCGAAACCCGAGAGGCGGAGCGCCGCUGAGGCGCAGCCGUCGCCGAAACCCGAGAGGCAGAGCGCCGCUGACACGCAGCCAUCACCGAAACCCGAGAGGCGGAGCGUCGCUGACACGCAGCCAUCACCGAAACCCGAGAGGCGGAGCGCCGCUGACACGCAGCCAUCACCGAAACCCGAGAGGCGGAGCGUCGCUGACACGCAGCCAUCACCGAAACCUGAGAGGCGGAGCGUCGCUGACACGCAGCCAUCACCGAAACCCGAGAGGCGGAGCGUCGCUGACCUGGAAUCACCACCGAAACUCGAGAGGCGGAGCGCCGCUGAGGCGCAGCCGUCACCGAAACCCGAGAGGCGGAGCGCCGCUGACACGCAGCCAUCACCGAAACCUGAGAGGCGGAGCGUCGCUGACACGCAGCCAUCACCGAAACCUGAGAGGCGGAGCGUCGCUGACCUGGAAUCACCACCGAAACCCGAGAGGCGGAGCGCCGCUGACCUGGAAUCACCACCGAAACCCGAGAGGCGGAGCGCCGCUGAGGCGCAGCCGUCGCCGAAACCCGAGAGGCGGAGCGCCGCUGACACGCAGCCAUCAUCGAAACCCGAGAGGCGGAGCGUCGCUGACACGCAGCCAUCACCGAAACCCGAGAGGCGGAGCGCCGCUGACACGCAGCCAUCACCGAAACCCGAGAGGCGGAGCGUCGCUGACACGCAGCCAUCACCGAAACCUGAGAGGCGGAGCGUCGCUGACACGCAGCCAUCACCGAAACCCGAGAGGCGGAGCGUCGCUGACCUGGAAUCACCACCGAAACCCGAGAGGCGGAGCGCCGCUGAGGCGCAGCCGUCGCCGAAACCCGAGAGGCGGAGCGCCGCUGACACGCAGCCAUCACCGAAACCCGAGAGGCGGAGCGCCGCUGACGCGCAGCUGUCGCCGAAACCCGAGAGGCAGAGCGCCGCUGAUGCGCAGCCGUCGCCGAAACCCGAGAGGCGGAGCGCCGCUGCUGACACGCAGCCGUCGCCGAAACCCGAGAGGCGGAGCGCCGCUGACGCGCAGCCGUCGCCGAAACCCGAGAGGCGGAGUGCCGCUGAACUGGAAUCACCACCGGAACCCGAGAGGCGGAGCGCCGCUGACGCGCAGCCGUCGCCGAAACCCGAGAGGCGGAGCGCCGCUGACGCGCAGCCGUCGCCGAAACCCGAGAGGCGGAGCGCCGCUGAUGCGCAGCCGUCGCCGAAACCCGAGAGGCGGAGCGCCGCUGACGCGGAACCGCCUCGCAAACGCAAGAGGCGGAGGGCAGCGGACAUUGAACUAUCAUCACCCGAACCCAAGAGGCGGAGGAUCGGUGACGUGGAACGGCCACGCAAACCCAAGAGGCCGAGGGCCGCCGACGUGGAACCAUCAUUACCCGAACCCAAGAGGCGGAGGGUCGGUGACGUGGAACUGCCACGCAAACGCAAGAGGCCGCAGGCCGCCGACGUGGAACCAUCAUUACCCGAACCCAAGAGGCGGAGGUUGAAUUAGGUGAGAACAGGCCAUUGCACUCAAGCCUGAGCAAUAAGAAUAAAACUGAGUAGAACAAAAUAAAAAAAUCAAAAAACAAAACAAAACCCACACUCCAAAAACAAAGAAUAAAUAAAUAAUAUAAAAAUAAAAUAAA